UUAACUCGUGAUUAAUUUAAAAUUUUAUUAGUUUUCAAUGUAAUAUAUUUCAACAACAGACCACAUUUUGUGCCAUUCAGACGAGGAUAACUGUUCUGCUUCUCCGGCCGAGACUGGAGGUUGUUUGAAAGCAAGCAAUCAAACAUGGCAACAGGGCAUACUCUUGCGGUAGUCACAAAUUCCUGCGUGAAACCACCUAAGAACCCGAGAACGAAAUUGGCUGCAACACUUAAUGAAAGAGAUCACUCGUUAAGAUCAUCGUGGAAGGGACAACUGGGCGUCUCCGAUUCAUAUGCAUUCGAUAACCGAAGAAGAGACGAUGUUGACAUUAUUCCGUUGGAACCUCCAGGUCAACAGUUGUCUCACGGCACUCUGCCUCCAGAUAAAACAGAUUUAAUGAUUGCAAGUUUGACUGAAGAUGUAAGUAACCUAACCGACGAAGAAUUUUAUAGGAGAUUGAUGGAACUAAAAAAUGAACACAAAAAGACUUUGGGCAUGGUGGAACGUCUUUACUCAGCUCGUAGUGAAAACGAAACCCACCAUUGUUACCCAGGCGAAUGUAUUCAUUUAGCAGACCAUCACAAAACAAGACAUAUUGAUGAAGAAAUUGAGGAGGUAAAUAAGAGUUUAGAAGAGCUGCAAAGAAGCUACAGGCUUGGUUCUCACUUAAAAGACAAUGUUAGGGAUAUGUCUGCUAAACCUCCAUUGCCCACCAGUUCAAGCAAGCCACAGUCAAAGAUCGCUCAUUCGGAAUCCCCAGUUCGUAGGUCCAGUCCAGGGACACUUCUUCGUAGUAACAGCUACUCAGGAGAGGACUGGAAGGAUAUUACUUUGAAUACAAGCACCAGUUUAGAUUUAAGUGCUAGCAAUGAUGAUCUGACUUUGAAUGAUAAUGCUAGUACAUCAUCGGCACCAACGAGAUCACGUCCAUCCUCUGCUACAGCUGUCAUUGAUGAUAUGUGGGAUGGAUUCUCAGUUGACGAUUAUGCACCUCGUUCACGUUCACGUACACGUGUGUCCUCACGAGCCUCAUCACGUGCAAGUUCUAAGGAGUGGUCUCCAAAGAUAACAAUACCAAAACCUUUCAAAAUGACACUUCGAGACUCUGGCAGAGUUAAAAAGAAGUCUAAGGCUGCUGAGCAACUGGAGAAAGAGCUACUCGAAAAGCAGAAAAUGGAAGAAGCUGAAUGUCAAAAGAAGUUCAAAGCAAGUCCAGCACCAGCUCACACAUUUUUACCUCUUUAUGAUGAGAUUGUAGAUAAACAAGAAGAAAAGAGAAUAAUAAAUAGAGAAUUCAGUAAAGAGUUAGUGAAGUCUUAUGAAAAACCAUUUAAGUUUAUGAGACGAGAAGAAGAAAAAAAGAAACGUAGGAUGGCUAUGUCAUUUCCUGUGUCAGAGAACAAGAGCAAAGCAAAACCAAAAUUCCGAGCCAAACCAAUACCAAAAAGUGUAAAAGAUCCAACUGUAAAUGACAAAAUACAAGAAGAGGAGGAAUACAGGAAGAUACGCAUCAAGAUGAGGGCUGAGGAAAUGUUGAGACAGUCUUCCCUACCACCUAAUAUGGAAGUAAGGGGACGAGAGUACACUGAUGGGAGGUCAAGACAUCGAAUGCUGCAAGAUCGUGAAAAUCGUGCAUUUAUCACAAAGGAGCAUCAGUUUGCACCCAAAAUCAAUCCAACUGUUCCUGAUUAUGAUGAUAAUUUUCGCAAAUUUCAGAAAAAGAUGACGAAAAAAAAGUUAGAGAAAGAAGCGACAGCAGUUCAGCCAUUUAAUCUUCGUACAUCUCGUAUUAGGUCAAAGUCUAAGGAAAGAAUUCUGCAAGAAAUGGAAGAAGAUUCAAGAACGUUAGCACAACGAUGGCCAUAUUUGCGCUCACGCUCUAUGUCACCAACUCCACGUGGAUCAAUCAAUAUACCUGAAGACUCUAUACCGGCUAAAAUGACCCAAGCUGCUCAGCUUCGAGAAAGUGCUGUCAGGAAAAGCCUUGAAGAAAGAACUGAACAAGAAAGAGCUGAACUGGAAAGAGAAAGAAUGAAUCGAUUGAGAGAGAGAAAGAUGAGGAAAUUUAUUGUGCAAAAAGCAUUGGCGAAUGAUCAGUCUGAAACACUGCAGUCAACACAGUCAAGGAAAAUAAAGCAAUUCAGACAAUCGGAAAGAUCAAGAAAAGAAGAAUAUGAACAGCAAUUACAUGAAAUGAUGUCAAGGAUUGAAACUAGACCUCUUUUAUUUGAAAGAGAAUCACAGACAAAUGCUAAACGUCAAGCAGAAAAGAAAUACCAACAAGCUUUGAGAGAUGCUGGAAUUGAAGAGACUUUUAUUCUGCGGAAGAGUGGGGGUAAGGCCUCGGCAAGAGAUGAUCCAUGUGACAGUGAUGAUGGUGAUGAUGAUAAAUAUACAUACUCAUUCAGUGGUUCCACCAGUCAAUCUGCACAGCACAAAUAUACCGAUGAUGAUCCAUCCGAUAUUAGUUCUAUUCAGACAGAAGAAGAUUAGGAUUCCCAUGAUUGCUCCUCAAAUCAUAAUAAUGCAGUGUAUCAAUCAAAGAGUACAGAAUAGAGCCAGAUACAUUCAGUCAGAAGGUGAACCUGUAUCACUGGCACUACAGAUCAUUUGUCCUUUCAUGGCCACUAACUAAAUGCUUGUGGUUGGGGUGGGGUGGGUAUUAAUCCUUCUAUUGGAAAACUGUAUACAUGUGUUUUGCCAAAUGGGAUCCCUUUUUUUAUAUUUAAGCAAAAUUAUUUGUCAAGUGUCUUCAAUUUUCAGCAUUCAUUACUGAAAUUAUUAAUCAAUUAUUAGGUCAAAAAUGUUAGUUGUCUUAAAGGAGUAUUGGUCUGGAGGUGCUGGCAGCACAUCCCUAUCAUUUUUUCAGGGAAGUACACCUGGGUGGCUCUGAAGAUCCCUUUGUAACAGUAUAAAUCACAUGUUUACAUUCAUAAUUCUUGUCACCUACUAUUUUACUAUUUAUUGUAACUUUUGAUCAUUUCUGAUUUAAUUUGAUUCUAAACCUAAAAAAAGUUGUAUUUCAUAGUUGGGAAGUAUACCAAUCUUUAUUUAUUACUAAUA